GUUGCCCUGUCUGGCACUAUCGCUGUGGUUGUAGCCGCUGUUGCUUUAGAGACAUAGAAGCAGGGAUUUCAGCGCAGACAUUUCCAGUCCAGGCAGGAGGUUCUUAGCUGGAGAGAAGGGUCUAGAGUUCCCGCUGGGCUUGGCUUCUCAGGACCCAACAUGUCUGUGUAUAAAAUAAGCAUGAGACACUCUCCGUGCGCCAGGCAGUGGGAAGGCAGGGCUGGAGGGGCGGUGGCACGAGGAGCCUUCUCUGCUAACGUCCCCCACAAGUCCUUGCUGCCCGAGGGCAUCCGCCCUGGCACGGUGCUGAGAAUUCGUGGCUUGGUUCCUCCCAAUGCCGGCAGGUUCCACGUAAACCUGCUUUGCGGGGAGGAGCAGGACUCCGAUGCCGCCCUGCAUUUCAACCCCCGGCUGGACACGUCAGAGGUGGUCUUCAACAGCAAGGAGCAAGGCUCCUGGGGCCGCGAGGAGCGCGGGCCUGGCGUUCCUUUCCAGCGCGGGCAGCCCUUCGAGGUGCUCAUCAUCGCGUCGGACGACGGCUUCAAGGCCGUGGUUGGGGACGCCCAGUACCACCACUUCCGCCACCGCCUGCCGCUGGCGCGCGUGCGCCUGGUGGAGGUGGGCGGGGACGUGCAGCUGGACUCCGUGAAGAUCUUCUGAGCAGAAGCCCAGGCGGGCCCGGGGCCUUGGGUGGCAAAUAAAGCGUUAUCCCGCAGCG